CCAUGGAAGAAUAUGGAUAGAAUUUGUACUAGCUGCAAAUGGCUGAUUCAACUCCUUUUCUCAACUGUUCCGAUUCUGUUGAGUCCAAACGUCAACCUUCUCUAGAUGAAGCAAUCGAAGAGUGUAUUGGAGAAUUUGGAUGGGCGCAAUUUCUCCAAGCCAUCUUUGUAUCACUAGCUUGGACCUUUGAUGCUCAACAAGCAUUCAUCAGUGUCUUCACCGAUGUGGAGCCAAAAUGGCAUUGUGUAAACAGCUCUUGUGACUCUUUUUCCAACAUUUGCAAACUUCCCAAGACGUCAUGGUCAUGGGAUUUACCUCUACACUCAUCGAUUGUAUCUGAAUGGGGUCUGGAGUGUGCGACUUCUCUCGUCAAGGGACUGCCUGCGUCUUCUUUCUUCAUGGGUUGUCUUGUGGGUGGACUUCUUCUAACCACAGUCGCUGACUCCUCACUGGGCCGCAAAAACAUGAUCUUCCUCCCAUGUUUAGCCAUGUCUGUAUCAGCUCUACUCACCACUUUCUCUACCAAUAUAUGGAUAUACUCAGCUUGGAGAUUUGUUUGUGGAAUCGGCCGUGCGCCGAUUUUAACAUCAGCGCUAGUUUUAUCAACUGAGCUAUUUGGGAAACGAUGGCGAGGCCAGGUAGGGACUCUUGGAUUCUUGUGUUUCACUCUAGGGUUUUUAUCAUUACCAGCUAUAGCUUAUAUAAAUAGAGGUUCUUCAUGGAGAAUUCUCUAUCUAUGGACUUCGAUUCCUACCAUUUUCUAUAGCCUGUUAGUUCGCUUUUUUGUUUAUGAGUCUCCCAGAUGGCUUUUUGUGCAAGGCCGUAAACAAGAAGCCGUAUUGAUCCUAAAGAGUAUUGCAUCACCUAAUAACUGUAAAAUUACCAUGAGCUUUUCCAAUAUUUCUAUAGAGCAAGAAACUCGAAAUGAUGCUCUCUCAACUAUCAAGAAUAUGUUAAAAAAAAGUUGGUGUUUUCGAAGGUUAUUAACAGCUCUUAUAGCAAGUAUUGGCAUUGGGAUGGUGUAUUAUGGCAUGCCAUUAAGCCUUGGAAAUUUGGCAUUCAACCUCUACUUGAGCGUCGCACUUAAUGCCUUGUCUGAGCUACCAGCAUCACUGGUUACUUUCUUGAUUGUGGGAAAGGUGGACAGAAGAGUUUCCUUACCGUUUUUCACAAUACUCAGCGGGGUUUGUGAUAUAAUGUGUGUUGUAGAGGGCAAUUUGCAGACGACAUUACAGCUUUUGUUAGAGAUUGUGUCGUUCUUCAGCGCCUGCACUGCAUUUAACAUCUUUUUGAUAUUUACCACAGAGUUGUUCCCAACUUGUGUGCGAAACUCGGCGGUUUCAUUGGUGAGGCAAGCUAUUGUCGUCGGUGGUGUGCUCAGUCCAGUUGUAGUUGCAGCUGGAAGAAGAAAUGCAAUUGUAUCUUAUGGGAUAUUUGCUUUGUCGAUGGGGCUUUUUGGUUUGUCUGUGGUUGGUUUGCCUGAGACAAGAGGCAAAACAAUCAGCGAUACGAUGGAAGAAGAAGAACAGAAACACAAUGCUUCCUCAAUUAGUAAUGUAAUUAAUUAGUAAUCAAUGUCUAGUUCAAAUAAUAAACAGCUUUUGUAUUGGAUGGCUAGCAUAUACAAUUGUUAUAAUUAAUCUUUCAUAUAAUUGUUUGAACUUGAUUUGAUUUUAAUCUAUGAACACCCUUUCUAGAAAAGGUGUGUUUGAUUUGUUCGAUGCUA